AUGGAGAAGAAUCAACGCACUCUGAAGAUCUCGUUCAUAUCAGCGAAAGAUCUCCAGAGAGUCCAACUUUUGAACAAGAUGGAGGUGUGCGCGUACGUCUUCAUCUCUGGCGGUGGAAAGCCGAAGACCACCGUGGACAGAGACGGUGACACGAACCCGACCUGGAACGGUCAGAUCACUUUCAACUUAGGUAAGGAGUCCGCGGAGACCAAAAUCGUCGUGUUCGAGCUCAACUGCUGCGAUCAAAACGGCAGCGAUAAGGUCAUCGGAGAAGUGUUUGUGAAGGUUAAAUACCUGAUGGGCUCGAUCGAGGGUAGUUUGACCUAUCAUGUUCGAACCCCUUCUGGAAAUCCCAACGGUACGCUCAAUUUCAUGUUUGAGUGGGAAAAUGAGAAGGUUGUCGAAGCGGGGUUGUCUCCUCCGCCGCCUGCUAUGGCGGCGAUGACUAGCUUGAUCGCUUGUUAUCCUCCUCCAGUCAUGGGUCCACAGUCAUAUGGGCGGCAGCAGCAGCAGCCGGGCAGUAUAAUUCACCUUGUCCUCCUCCAGCUCUGGUGCAAGUGCAAGAACAGGCUGAGCCUACAAAGAAGAAAAAAAGAGGAUGGUUUGCCCGAGUCUUGGCCGCGACGGCGAUUAGUGAUGUCCUCAAUGAUGUUUCACUACCAGAUGAUCUCGGGUUUUGAGAGAGUCACUUUCAUGGGCUGCUGA